UAUACCUAUCAUGUGUUUUUAAAUAUUUAAUAUAUUUUUUCUAUUUUUAUUUUGUAUAAAAGCUUUAAUGAAAUAUGGCGAUGGCUGAAAAGAAAAACGAGUACCCGCCAGGGGUCGAGGCGGAUCGGAGGCUGUUGCCUUUCGACACCUGGGAAGAUUAUUUAGAUUCGCUUAUUGAAAUUGCCGAUCUGCGUAAUAUCAGAAGCAUUAUUUCGGCAAGGACAAUAGCUGCUCUUGGUUAUAGAACGAAUGGUGACACAUUAAGCGAAAAAGAGUUUUAUACUCGUCGUGCUGUUAUACAUGGCAUUGUUUACCCUGUCGUUAAAUCUUACACAUUGGCCAGCGAAGGAGCCAAUCUUGAAGAUCCAUUCAAUAGGGAACUGGCAGUGCGAGAAAGAGCUAAUAGAUUAGGAAUUUUACAGUCAAUAAUAUUUAUCAGACAUUUCACAAAAGGUGGCUUCGAAAUAUCUGGUUACAUAGAUUAUGCUCAUAAGCUAAUAUCAGAAAACUGGACCGUAUUCUUUAAAUCCAACAAAACAUUAUGGCCUAAAGACAACGAUCUAGGAUACUACCACUGGCGCCACGGGACUGUAAGAAGUAACAUGAGUAGGAAUUAUAAGCCAUUGAUGGAUCCCGACAAAGGACUCCUUUUUCAAAAUCGUCACGAUCAUAAAAUAAUUUGCCCAGACCCGCAACAGGAUCCCGGUCAAAAUACCACCAAACAGAGAAUUUAUUCGCCAAGGUACACACAAAUAGAAAUUUACGAUCACGUUGUAAGAAGAAAGAGUUAGAUAUACAAAGUCUGUGAGUCGAACUGUAGACACAUUAAAUUGUUAAAAUUAUACUUUAAUGUAAUAAAUGUGAAAUUUGCUCUUAAAAUUGUGAAUCUGUUAUAAGAAUUGGACUUGCAAAUUUGUGUUCUAAUUUUAAUAUUUUGAAAUAUUUUAUUUGCAAAAUAUUGUA